CCUCGUCUUCCUUUUGGCGAGCCCCCUCAUCCCCCUCCCUCUGACCGCUUUGCAUUCUGGGGAAAGUCGUUGCCAUUCGACCUCUGUAGGGCCUGCGCGGACGCCGAGAGCAGAACCCAGAAGUUGAUUAUGCGUUUAAAACCUUUAUUUAUUUCCGCAUAACCUGCAUACUUUAUCCAGGAGUCCAAAACACAAAAUACAUUCAGAAUAAGAAAUAUAUAAUUAAUUUUAAAUAUAUACAUAUUAGUCUAAAGGGAAUUUGUAAAGAAAGUGUAGAUUCUAAUUUAUUAGGAAAUGUCCGGAGAAAGAAACCGCAGGUCGCUGGCUUUCCGAGGUGGUGGAUUAGCUGCAACCGGCUGCAGUGCCAGUGGCAUCAGCAGUAGCAACAGUAACAGCGGGGAGGCCCAGGUCUGGCAAGAACGGAAUUUAAACGGGAAUAGACCAGAACAGGACGAGGAAGUGGACCAGGAAGAAAAAAUAUCGGCGCUGGAGGGAGUGGAGGACGGGGUAUCGAUCAGCGGUAGCACUGGGCCUGAAGCUGAAGAAGAUGAGGCGGAAGGGGGCAAUUGGGAAGCUGGGAAUGGGGUUGAUGAAGGGGUUGGCAUCAUAAGCGGUGACGGCAGGCUGUCUUUAGAAGGUGGCGAUGAUAGUCAAGGGGAAGGAGGCAGCUGGGGAGCUGGGAAUGGCUUAGAUGAUGUAGACGGGGUCGGUUCAGGUAGCGGUAACACAGUACUAGGGGAGGACGAUCGAGAAGGGUCUAACAGGGUAGAUGGGGAGGAAACUGUGGGCAGGAAAUCGGGGUUAGAGAUGAGACCUCAGACCCUUCUCCAAAAGCACUGUCUGUUUCAGGGUUCCUGGCUACAGGAGUUCCCCUGGCUACAUUUUUGCCAAGAGACGGGUCUCAUGGCCUGCUCUUGGUGUCACAACACAGGGAGCAGCUGUAAUGAUGAGCUGGCCAAGGGAAGCCGGAAUUAUAAAAGGGCCUUGCUCCUUAGACAUCACCUGUCCGCUGAUCAUAGGAAGAAUGAUCCGUCAAAACAGGAGUCAGAGAAAGCUGGUGAAUCAGUGGAUGAGGAAUAUGACGGUUACAGAACGAAGCCAAAUGAGAACUCUUACUGUUAUCAGCUACUUCAGGAACUGAAUGAACAAAGAAAAAAUGGUAUUCUUUGUGAUGUCAACAUUGUGGUGAGCGGGCAGGUUUUCAGAGCUCACAAAAACAUCCUGGUUGCUGGCAGCCGCUUCUUUAAGACACUCUAUUGCUUAACCAAGAAUGAGAGCUGUGACCAAACAACCAUCACCCACUUGGACGUUGCUGCUGUUCAGGGCUUUUCUGUUAUCUUAGACUUUCUGUAUUCUGGCAAUCUCCUACUCACAAGCCAAAAUGCCAUUGACGUGAUGUCAGUAGCCAGCUACCUCCAGAUGACAGAAGUUGUCCAUUCUUGCCGUGCUUUUAUAAAGGACGCGUUAAAUAUCAGUAUCAAGUCUGAAGCCCCUGACUCUGUAGUGGUUGACUACAACAGGAGGAGGGCAAUCAAUAAAGAUGACAAGGGAUCAGAGAAGAAGCCCAGCAACUUCUGGGCGACUAGCAUUCUGUCCAAACUGUCAAUCAAAGCAAGCAGCCACAUGGAGGAGCCUGGUGACCUAGAGGAGCCUAUCAAUGAUAACUUUGGCUGGGCCAAUGACAACUCCUCAGAGUCUGCUGAAAAUGAGCCCCAGGGGCAUGGGACUGUGUUUGUGUGGAAUGAAACGGCCACCCAUACACCCCGGAAAGAGAUAAAGCAAGAACCUGGUAGUGGCCGGAGGAAAAAUCAAGCAACUAGGCGAUUUGUUUACAAUAUUCCACCCGAACCUGAGGAAGGCUUUGAGGAGUUAAUGCUUGUACAGCCAUCUGCAUCCUACUCUAAAGAUGAUCUUCAGUUCUUAUCAGAGAAUGCAGAAUUAACAAACCAGAUCCAGUACAGCUUGUUACAAGAAACACAGCCUCGAGAAAUUAAAAAUGAAAGAUUCAACUGGGAAAACGAUGAAUCUUCAGCUUCAGCUGUAAACAAGCUGAAAUGUCCUCAUUGUAAUUACAUCGCCAAACACAGACGAACACUAAAGAGGCAUCUGAUCAUACAUUCAGGAGUGCGUUCUUUUAGUUGUGACAUAUGCGGAAAACUGUUCACCCGACGAGAACACGUGAAGAGACAUUCCCUGGUACACAAGAAGGACAAAAAAUACAAAUGCAUGGUUUGUAAGAAGAUCUUUAUGCUAGCAGCCAGUGUUGGGAUCAGGCAUGGGUCUCGGCGCUAUGGAGUGUGUGUAGACUGUGCAGACUCGCAUCAAGGUUCACAAGAGGGGUUGGACCAGAUGCAGGAUCUAGAGUUCUCCAGAGAAGAGGACUAUGAGGAAAUUGAGGGGGGUGAGGAAGACCUUGGGGAUGAAGGUGAAGAGCAGAUUGAGAAUGACCAGUCUCCCUGGGACAAAGCUGAUGCCGGCGACAUGUCUGUCAAUUUCGAUGAUAAAAGUGCUAACACUGAUCGUGGUUACAUUUUCAAGACAAGCUUUGAGGGAGAUAUGCUGAACAAAGGGCCUUCAAAAUAAAUGCACAGGAUUAAGAGUUGGACACUGGAAUCGUGGGCCCACUGGAAAAAGAGGAAAGAAAAGUCAGGAUUUUGGUGAUGUAAUUAAUUUGAAUCGGGUGUAUACAUGCAUUUUUAAUUCAUGAUAGGCCAAUCAUCUUAAAAGAAAUUAAUUGUUCUAUUUAUUUUAAGAAAUACAGAUAUUAUGGACGUAUUAAACAGUAUAAUUUUUUUUCUUUAAUGUUUGAUGUUUGUUAAAAGAUUUGAUCCAAAAAAAAACUGUCCAUUGCUACUUGUCACUGUUAAAUAUAAUUU